UUUUCGACGUAACAGAAUUGGCAGCUGAUCGGAUAUUAAAAUCACUUCUUUCUGGCGAUUGUAGUAAAAUUGUGGAAUCAAUUUCUCUUCCGGAUAUCGGAGCGACAACCCCUUCCCACGACAGCCGAGAUAGCGGAAGCGACAGGUGUAAAUUUGGAACAUGUCACAGCUAAGGAGAAUAACAUCAGAAACGUGAUGGUGUGAUUGUUUAACGAUUUUAGUAGAUUUUUCUAAUAAUAUCAAUACUAGACCUACGGUACAAGAUCUAAGAGGCAAGACCGGAGAAGUUUUAUAGUUUCUUAAAACUGAGUGAGUCGAUAUCGAUCCAGGGAUUUUUUCAGUUUCAGUGUCACUAAAAAUAAUUGUCAGUGUCAUUUCUUUGAAUUUGAUCAUGCAAUUGCAAAUAACUCGAGUUUUUUGUACUCGACAGUGAGCAAGUUGACUUGAAGAUGAAAAUACAGGAAGAUUUUUAACUAUAGGGCCUAGUAUAUGACCAUCACCUUUCGUUAUUGAAAGUAAAGCAGAUAGGGUCUAAGAAUUUGAUAAAAAAACAACAACCCAGUGUCAACAAUGCCAGUUGCACAAACCAGACUUGAAAUCUUGCAAGUUCACAAGUUUCUGCAGUGUGUACGAUCAAAGGACAAAGCGCAGAUUGAGAAACUGUGCUCAAAUGGAGUCCCACAUCUUGUCAACUAUAGUGAACCAGAGGAAGGUGAAACAGGAUUGCAUUUGGCAGCAAGAGUCAAUGAUGAGGAGAUGGUGCGAUUUCUUCUUGACUUGGGAGCCCAUCCCAAUGUCAUCGAUCUUAAAGGGAGAACAGCUGCAAUGAGAGCUGCAGAGUUUGGCCAUGUCCAGACGCUUGAAGUGUUAGCCACUGCUGGCUCGGACAUGAAAAUAAAAGACACUGAUGGAAAAGGUAUUUUAUUCUACUGUAUUUUGCCAACCAGCCGUCAUGCUCGCUGUACGUCAAUAGUUAUUGAGAACGGAGCAGAAUGUAACAACACAUCUAAUGAUGGUAUGCCUCUUCUGGUUGUAGCCUGCCUGGAAGCAAAAGAGAAUGAAGAAAUCUGUAAGAAGCUCCUUGACCAUGGUGCCGAUCCAAACAGCACCCAUCCAUCAACCGGAAGAACAGCCCUAAAUGCUGCAGCUGGUAGCGGAAGCGUUGAAGUCGUCAAGAAUAUCCUCACUAAAGGGGGUGAUGUGAACACACCCGACAAGAACAUGCUGACUCCUACGCACAGAGCAUCCAUGAGAGGCCAUUUUGAAGUUCUUCAGGUAUUAGCGAGCUACGGGGCUGACUUUGGAUGUGUUGAUGUCAUCCUGAACACACCUGUACACUAUGCUGCAGAGGGUGGUCAUGCCUUAUGUUGUAGAUACCUUGCACAAAGAGGUGCCAAAGCACAUAUGAAGAAUGAGGAUGGCCUACUUCCCAAGGUAAUUGCAAAGAACUAUGGAUUCAAGGAUGCACUGAAGGAAUGCAAGAAGGCUGAGAAACUUGCCAAAAAGAUCCAAACGGGUGGUAAACUCCCCACAGAGCCAUGGGCUGUCAGAGUAUACGAUUGGGCAAAUGCCAGGCAAGACGAACUCUCAAAGAAGUUCAUGGAGAUGGACCCUGAGAUGAAUGAAGUUGUAUCAAAGGAACAGUUCUACGAUGUCCUCAUGUCGCUAGAUGCACCCAUCGAUGAAGAAGACUUUAAAAAACUAUUCCAACUUCAUGACAAGACAAAAGAAAAUGUUAUCAACUACAGUGACUUUUUAGGAGCCAAGAAGUAUGUUCACAAAACGUAUCUCAUGUCAGCGUACGCCAAAAAGGAAAAGAAAAAGAAGGGCAAGAAGGGAAAGAAGAAGAAGGGUAAAACCAAAGUGCCAAUGCCAAUUUGUUUAGGACCCGAAGGUGAUAGGACUGAAAGAGGUGGACCUCCACCUGUAUUCAUUGAGAGACAUGUUCCAUUCACUGAUACCGGUCGGUUUGAUCGUGAUAGACCACCACUUCAUCCCAUUCAGGAUGACUCAGCAUGGUAUCUUAGUCAUCCAGAUAAAACUUACAUUAAUGUCAACGAUGCUGCAAAGAUGGGUGAUAUAGACUCGUUACGACAGGCUUACAUUCAUGGUAGGAGUGUGGAUGUACGGGAUAAAUACUUCAAGACUGCUCUUAUGAUUGCGUGUGGUCAGGGAAACCUGGAGAUCAGCAAGUUUCUAAUUGACAAUGGGGCCCAGGUCAACACUUGUGAUAACUUCAAAUGGACCCCUCUUCACCACGCCUGUCUGUCUGGUCAGAUAGAUAUCGUCCAGCGGUUAGUAGAGGCUGGUGCAGACAUGAAUGCUCAGGCAUUGAAUGGAGGUACACCACUCAUGAGAGCUAUACAAACAGGAUCUCCAAACAUUGUACAAUAUCUCAUCAAUAAAGGCUGUAAUGUCCAACUUGAAAAUAGGAAAGGGGACACGGCUAUGGAGGUAGCGAGGUGGUGGGCCGAUCCAAGGGUUCUUCAAAUCGUCUCGGACAAGUUUGACACCAUCCCAGCUCCAAAGGAAGGGAAGAAGAAGGGCAAGAAGAGUGCUGGAAAGAAGAGCGAUGGAGGCAAAAGAGCACAGUCUGUACCGCCAAUCCCUCAAGGUGGUCUAAUAUCACAACCAUCAGGGACCGACUCUCCAAUCACGACACCCCGUGAGCGUAAGGGUUCCGUUCUGCGAGCAGCAUCAGCCAUGGCCGGAGGUAUAGAACACCAGGAGGAUAUCACAUAUGUACCCCUGAAAGCAUGGAGUAAUGUACCAAACACAAGGGAGCUUAUCAUUAAGAAGGAACAACGAAGACAGAGAUAUGGCGACGGUAUCGACUUCCCAGAUUACAGGCAACCUUUCAAUGAAAAUUUCAUGAAAAAAUCAGAAGAACUUGGUGGUGCGGACUCCGAUGAUGACUGAAAUACAUGAAUAUUGAUUUGGAACCAGGACUGGAUGUUUGAUCAUGUGAUUAAAUAAAGAAAUUACAUUCGAGUAUUAAUGUAAGUACAUGGGGGGGGGGCUUUCAAGAUUUGAUCAAUAUGAAGGAAUCACACAUACAGAACAAGGUGAUGAAAGUCAUUGUUUUGGGGCAGAAAUUUAUUACAUGGAAUGCAAUUACAUGUAUACUAUUCAAAGUGCGGUAUGUGUGUCAAGGAGAAGUAUGCAGAGAAGUGUGGGAGUUUGCCUAAUACUGUGGUCACAUUUGCUCUACGGCGGCUGUAUGGCGAGUCGAAAACAGCCGUUUUAUUCAUUUCUAUUCAAAUCAUGUAGCUGGAACAAAAAAAUGUUAAAACGGUUGUUUGUGACUCGCCGUACAAGAAAUGUGACUGAGGUAUAAGUAAGUGCAGACUAUAUUGUUGGGAAUUCAAGUUUGACUAAGAAGUCUCAAGUAGUUUUUAGUUGGUUCCUUACUAUGGCAAGAACCAAAUUGGAUGGACUAAUCUAUAAUUUCAUGGAUACCCCUUACUGAGAUCAUAUUCACCUGUGUCAUUUGUUUUAAUGCUUUACUUUCAUGAUAUAUUUCAAAGAGGAUUUUUUUUUCCGGUGAAUUUGUAAUGCAUUUUCUCCUUUAGUAUAAAUGGAAUGUGGUGAUAAAUUAGCUUUUACUCAUCAAAUAUAUGUGGUCUUUGUGUACUGAUCUCAUACAAUAUGCAAUAGUUGAAUAUACACAAUAUUAUUUAAAAAUUGAAUAUGUAUUACUGUGCUAAAUUUGUUGUAAUUUCUUUUAUACCAUUGUCUAUGGACUUGUACGCUAUGCAUCAAACCCCACUGAAUGCCAUACUGAACAAUUUAAGACUAUGCACCUAUUUCUUUUGCAAAAAAUAUAUGAUCAAUCAAACACAUUUUUUCCCUUUUAUUUAAACUAGAGUUUGCAUUUAUAGUUUGUGCACUACAUGUAUAUUUGUACCUUUUAUGACUUUUUGUGAGUUUGAACGGUAUAUUUCUCCAAUACCUUAAAAUCAAUGGUCAAUGGAUAUCAGUAGUAUUUAAGUGACAAAUGUAUUUUAAGUGAAAGUGAAUGGUUGAUUAUAUGAAUGUAAAUCUAUGUGCUGAAAUAAUGUAUAUUUUAAAUUACUUGUACGUUAAAAUCGGUUUGUUGAAACACCUUGCAUGUUCUGCCAGCAUUAAUAUCUCAGACUAAUGUAUUCUUAUUUGUGUAUCAGAUCUUGAUAGUAAGAUUUGUGAAUUCUAUUGGCACCAAAAAGCAUUAUCACAGCCAUUUUUGAAGUUUUAUGAAAUUAUGCACAGAAUUGAUGAAAAUCCAACAUUUUUGUCAAAUUUUGAAAUUUAUGGAAAUCAUGGUGAACAAUAUUUUGGAACAAAAUCAGAUCUGAAAGAUCACUAUGUGUACCUCUGUUGAUUUAUUAACUUUAUUUGCUUUCUAAGCUCUGGAUUCCGUUUAAUAAGAUGCCUAUAUUUUUGUGACAUUUAUUGAAGUAGAGAGAGAUAAUCUCUAUGUAAUUCAUUACCAUUGUUAAAUAUCAUGCGAUUAUCAAUAAAUAUUUAUGGAUAUGCAUUUGCUGUUUUCUCUGUUUUGUAUGAAAGUCAGCGUCUGUCAAGUAAGCUAUACGUAGGAACAACAGCAAAAUAUGCCCUUCAUUUAUUAAAAUGAGAUAGAAAAGAAAAUCAUCUCUUCUAUCAAAAGUGCACUUUGGCUCAAUAGCCUAUUAAUCAGAUAUCAUACCACAUUAUCACCUACCCAUUCAUUACUAGAGAAAACAAAUUGGUUUUGUCUUAAAU